CACAGAGUAGAACUGCCCCAUAGGGUUUCCAUGGAGUGGCUAAAGGAUUCAAACUGCCGACCUUUUGGUUAGCAGCUGAGCUUUUAACCACUGCGCUACCAGGGCUCCAGGUAUAAAACUAGAUGAAUGGAAAUGGAACAUCCGAAACGGAAAUACUGAGAAUUUUCACACAUUGUGAAGAAUGUAACCAAUGUCACUGAACAACUUGUGUAGAAAUUGUUGACUGGGAACCUGAACUGCUGUGUAAACCUUCACUGAAAACACACUCUUAUUUUUUUUUAGUUAAGGUAUAACUUACAUACAGUAAUGUACCCAAAUCUUAAUUGGGUGGCUCAAUUAAUUUGCACAUGUAAAUACAUGCUGUGGGCUGUCCUGUGCACUGUAGGGUGUUGAACACCAUCCCUGGCCUCCACCCACUCGAUGCCAGUAGCACCUCUUCUAGUCAUGACACCCACAAAUGUCCCCAGAUGUUGCCCAGUGUCCCCUGGGGGCAGAAUCGCAGGCAGGUAAGAACCCCUGGGUUAGGGGACUCCACUGGCUCCCAAGAGACUCCGCGUCCCAUAAUCAUCUGACCUACCGACUUCCUACGACGUUGCCCACCUUUAAAUCCACACACUGAGGAGGGAGGAGGGAAAUCAGAGAAGCUGGACAGUCCCCCUGGUUUAUACCGUCUGACCCAGUGGCAGUUUAUUCUGGUGUACACUGUGAGCAGGGACCAAACCAAAAUUUUUCCAAAUAAUUACCUCAGGGUCUCCCCCUUGGCACCGCUGACGUGGGGGCCAGGUAUUCUCUGAGGAUGGGGCUAUCCUGUGCACUGUAGGGUGUUGAGCAGCUUCCCUGGCCUCCACCCACUCGAUGCCAGUAGUACCCCUCAGUCGCGGGACAACCACAAAUGUCCCCAGCCAUCACCUAGUGUCUACUGGGGACAGAAUCACCCCUGGUGAGGACCCCUGCCCUAGGGUAGUGGUUCUCAAACUUGAGCUCCCACCAGACACUCCUGGAGGGUCCCUUACAGCCCGGAGUUACUGAUUUUGUGCUUGUAGGGUGGGGCCCCAAAAACCUACAUUUGUAACAGGUAAUGCUGCCUUUGAUUGAGGGAUCCCAGUUGGAGACCCACUGCUGACACGCCCCAGCCCUGCCUCUCUGAGUGGCCCUGAGCCGAGCAAGUUGCCACUGCUGGGACCUGAGGGACCAGGCGGGUGGAGGUGGGUGCCCACAGGAUGUGCUCAGAUUACCGGCUCAGCCUCUUAUCUGGACGGAAGCCCGGAUUCAUAAGGCCGGUGCUGCCUUUGGCCAGCAGAUGGCGACAGUACCCUCUGAUCUUUGGAACAUGGGGGUGCGGGUGGGUGCAGGGUUUACCCCAAGCAGGGCUUCGGUGGUCCCAGGAGUCUCGCCCAAAAAACAACAGAAUAACAUCAGUCUCACAUGCAUUGAGCACUUCCUCUGAGCUAGACAGUGGGGAUACCACAGUGAACAAAAUUCCCAGCCCUCAGGGAGUGCAGACGUUCAAGAUAAAAUGUUUCCAACAUAUAUUUUAAUUGCUCUAAAGACAGUAACUGAGCCCUGGUGGUGCAGUGGUUAAGAACCCAGCUGCUAGCCAAAAGGUUGGAAUUCAAAUCCACCAGCCACUCCUUGGAAACUCUAAGGGGUAGUUCUACUCUGCUCUGUAGGGUCACUGUGAGUUGGAAUUGACUUGACGGCAAUGGGUUUUGUUUUUUUUAAAAGACACUAACCACCACCUCUGUGCUAAUUUGUCAUACUGUGGUGACCUGCCUGUUGCUUUGAUGCCAGAAGCUAUGGCACGGGUAUUUUAAAUACCAGCAACGUCACCCAUGGUAGACAGGUUUCAAUGAAGCUUCCAGACUGAGACAGAGGAAGAAAGGCCUGGCAAUUUACUUCCAAGAGUUAACCAGUGAAAACCUCACUAAUCACAACAGACUGUUGUCUGACUUGCUUGCUGUGGGCAUGUCAUCAGAAGGGAUUAAUCAGUGGAGCAAAACAUCCUGUUGGGUGACGUAGACGGCCAGCGAGGGCGGGUGAGGGACACCCUUGGUGAGAUGGAUUGGCAGAGAAGCCGCAACAAUGGACUCAAACAUGCAGGUGACUGUGAAGAUGGCACAGGACUGGGCAGAGCUUAGUUCCGUGGUGCAUGGGGUCACCAUGACUUGGGGGCUGACUCAACGGCAGCUAACAACGACAGAGGGAAGAACACACGGGGAGAUGCCGCGUGAGGACAGAGGCGGAUGCACCUAUAAGCAGCAAAGGAGCGCAAUGAUCGGUGCAGCCACCAGAAACUAGGAGGCAGGCCCCAGGAGGAACUGACGUGGCCGAGACCCGGAUUUGGAUUUUUGGCUUUCAGAACAGUUCAGAGCCCGGCCAAGGAUGGAGCCACACGGGAAGGAGGAGGCCGGGAGCCCGGAGCAAGAGCUGUUGUCAUCACCGUCACCGUGGCGAGUGCUGCCCAUCCUGUCGGAGCAGCAGAGCGGGCCGGUGGAGCUGGUGCCCGCGUACGCCGCACCCGUGCUCGACCCGCGCCAGACCUCCCGCCUUGUCCGGGAGGUGUCGGCCGCCCUCCCACUGCCCGCCCAGCCACACCUCAAACGGGUGAGGCCGAACCUGGACGCCAGCCUCCCACACGCGCUUGAGCUGCUGUUGUGCCUGGCAGGAGACGACUCAGGCACGUGCACGCUCAGUGAGCUCCUGCCGCCAGCUGUGGACCCACAUGGGCUGGGGCCACCCUUCCUGGUGCCCGUGCCUGCCCGGCCCCCUCUGACACGGGCCCAGUUCGAGGCGGCGCGGGCCCACUGGCCCUCGACCUUCCACGAGGACAAGCAGGUGACGCGUGCACUGGCCGGCCGGCUCUUCUCGACGCAGGAGAGAGCCCGUAUGCAGGGCCACAUGCAGCAGGCCGUGCGGGCUGCCCAGCGGGCAGCCGCACGGGGCCUGCGGGCUGUGGGUGCUGUGGUGGUGGACCCGGGCUCCGGCCACGUGCUGGCCACGGGCCAUGACUGCUGCAGUGCAGCCACCCCCUUGCUGCAUGCCACCAUGGUGUGCAUUGACCUUGUGGCCCAGGGUCAGGGCCGCGGUGCCCACGACCUCAGGCCCCACCCCGCCUGCUCCUUCGCGCUGGCUGCAGCUCCCCAGGCCAUCCGGCCGGGCACCGUGCGGAAGCUGGACUGCUGUGACAAGGACGGUGAGGACGGGCUCCCGUAUGUGUGUACUGGCUACGACCUCUACGUCACCCGUGAGCCCUGCGUCAUGUGUGCCAUGGCCCUUGUGCACGCUCGCAUCCGCAGAGUCUUCUACGGGGCACCCUCGCCUGACGGUGCUCUGGGUACCCACUUCCGCCUCCAUGCCCGGCCGGACCUCAACCACCGCUUCCAAGUGUUCCGUGGUGUGCUGGAGGACCAGUGCCGCCGACUCGACCCAGACACGUAGGCUUGCAGCUGCCAGGCCUCUCCUGUUCCCGAUACCUGGGGUCCAUGGCCAGAGUGCAGCUGUGGCCCCAUCAGACACCCCAUGGGCGUCCUGUCUGCCUAGCUGCCGCCUCUCCUGGACAGCCUCUGUCGAUGCCUGGAGUCUGUGGACACUCCUGUCUGCCCAGAGCCUCUUCCAUCCCCUGGAUUCAUGGACAAGCGGUGGCAGCAACCACCUCGGAGAUCCCACUGACGCCCUCCACCUCUGGCCUGAGCCCGACUCUUCCCACCAACCACACGGUGACUCUGGGGUGCUGGCUCCUGCUCAGAGCACACGGUUCCUGGACUGGAGUGUGUGGGCCGCCUGGCACUGGGCUCUCUUCUCUGGCCCCACCAAGAGGCUUGGCCCCAACCCCCUGAAGUAAUCACGGCUGCCGUGAUUAUGCCCUUCUGUCUCAGGUGUCAGAAGACGGGUUUGAUAUGUGGAAAUAAACAACUCAAACCAGGCUCGUGUGUGUCAGUGGAGGUGCAGCGUGGUGGCCAGCCAGUCCUUGGGCAGCAUAGCCGUUCUGCAGGGGCAGAGUCUGCACAUCCGCCCUAGGCCCUCUGGUUCAUGAGCGCCACAGCCGAGAGUUACCUGGGGCUCAGAGUGGUUUCCAGUGGGCAGAGGGACUUCAGUGGUGCUGUCCUCCCACUUCUUGGGCUUGGAAGAUUCUAGAUGAGCUUGGGAUGCUGCCCGGCUGACUGUGUCUGAUACCAGCUGAUCUGAAAGGCUCCUUAGGUCCCACAUGUCCCCCCCCAUCAGAUGGAGAGAGGGGACCCAGAAGGGGUGGCAUAGGCUCCCCCAGGAUAAUGAGGGCAGAGCCCACGUCUGCCUGUGGGCACAGGUUAGGCCUUUGUCCAUCCAGCUAGCGCCAAAUGUGAUUGGUGACUGUGUGAGCCGUCGGGGCUGUGAGGAGCCCUGAGCUUGGGGGACAGUCCCAGCCAUCCCAUCGGGGCUCCAUCUGGAGGAGCCAGACAGUGGACAGCCGAGAGGGUGGACUGUGAGCACCAGCCUCCAGGCAGUGGACCACACCUGUGUCAGGAGCCAGCCGGUAGGGCCCCUGGCUCAGGCAUUGGGAAGGUGUGGAGGGGUACAAGGUGGCAGGUGGGGCCCCUGGCUGGAAUGAUGGAAAGGUGCGGAGGGAUACAAGGCAGCGGCAUCCAUCCUGGCUCCCUGCGUAGGCUCUCUCUUGGUCCGGGUUGGGGGUGUGAGGACCCCCAAGUGGGCAUGCCCCACUCCAGCCUAGGCAGGGGGCCGACAGUGAGUAGCGAGCCAGGGAGAACUGGGUGUCAUCAGGACUUCCUCACCGUCUCCAUCAGGAAGUUCGUGUUCUGCUGGCUGACCCUUUCCCUGAAAACAGCCUGGUCCACCCACCUGGCCCUUCUGGAGCCAACUGGGCUCUGCUCGGGCAUGGCAUCGGUGUGGUCUGGUGGGCAGAGCACUGCCCCAACCUGGGCUGUGGGCUCCGUCCGGGAGCCUGCCGGGUGCUGCUGUGGUACCAGGUGCUUCACUUGGAUUGAGUCAGGAUUCUGGGCCCCAUGAAACUCAUGGGGUCAUGAACGGUCCCAGAGAGGGGUAUGUGGCUGCCCAACAUCAUAGCCGUGAGUUCCGGGCCAAGGACCUCGCUCUUGGUGACUCAGACUGGGCCACAGAGCUAUUGGAGGAGGGGGCAGAGGGGGGCACCGGUUCUGGCUCCCUUUGCUGGGUUGCCUGCUAGGCUCCAGGGCUGGAGGGGAGGGGCUGGGUCCUGAGGGGAGGUAAUAACAGGGCGCAGACCCUAGGUCUCAGGCACCAGCUGAGCCUGCAGGUGAGCUGGGCUGGCCCUUCAGUGAGAGCCCACAACACUGGGAGACCAAAGCACAGUCAAGGGCUCUCUGUUCUUGAGGGUAGCCUGGCCGCUAGGCCCCUUCAUGCGGCAGCAGCCUGGGCCUGCACUGGGCACCAGAUGCUCCUUGUGGCCAUGGGAGCUGACUGUCACUGUCCUCUCUUCCAGGUGGAUCGUGGCUUUAGCCACGCUCUGUCAGCCGCUGCAGACAUGUCAG